GGGAGAGGCCGCGCGCGCCCGCCCGCUCUUUCUGCGCGCGGCCCUCCCCGCUGCCCCCGCCCUCGCGCCCUGUUUGGAGGGAGCCACCCUGACGUCGGAGCCGCUCCCCCGCGCCGCGCGCCCGCCCGGGGCCGCAGACAGCGCGCAGCGCAGCCCAGCCGAGCGUCGCGGGGCCGCCCCCAGCCCUGCCGGCUGCCUCGCCGAGCCUCCUGGGGCGCCCGGGCCCGCGACCCCCGCACCCAGCUCCGCAGGACCCGGCGGGCGCGCGCGGGCUCUGGAGGCCACGGGCAUGAUGCUUCGGGUCCUGGUGGGGGCUGUCCUCCCUGCCAUGCUACUGGCUGCCCCACCGCCCAUCAACAAGCUGGCACUGUUCCCAGAUAAGAGUGCCUGGUGCGAAGCCAAGAACAUCACCCAGAUCGUGGGCCACAGCGGCUGUGAGGCCAAGUCCAUCCAGAACAGGGCGUGCCUAGGACAGUGCUUCAGCUACAGCGUCCCCAACACCUUCCCGCAGUCCACAGAGUCCCUGGUUCACUGUGACUCCUGCAUGCCAGCCCAGUCCAUGUGGGAGAUUGUGACGCUGGAGUGCCCGGGCCACGAGGAGGUGCCCAGGGUGGACAAGCUGGUGGAGAAGAUCCUGCACUGUAGCUGCCAGGCCUGCGGCAAGGAGCCUAGUCAUGAGGGGCUGAGCGUCUAUGUGCAGGGCGAGGAUGGGCCGGGAUCCCAGCCCGGCACCCACCCUCACCCCCAUCCCCAUCCCCACCCUGGCGGGCAGACCCCUGAGCCUGAGGACCCCCCUGGGGCCCCCCACACGGAGGAAGAGGGGGCUGAGGACUGAGGCCCCCCGACUCUUCCUCCCCUCUCAUCCCCCUGUGGAAUGUUGGGUCUCACUCUCUGGGGAAGAGUCAGGGGAGAGGCUGAAGCCCCCCUUUGGCACUGGAUGGACUUGGCUUCAGACUCGGACUUGGAAUGCUGCCCGGUUGCCAUGGAGAUCUGAAGGGGAGGGGUUGGAGCCAAGCUGCACAAUUUAAUAUAUUCAAGACCGGGGGGAGGAAGCAGAGGUCUUCAGGGCUCUUUUUUUGGAGGGGGGGUGGUGGUCUCUUCCUGUCUGGCUUCUAGAGAUGUGCCUGUGGGAGGGGGAGGAAGUUGGCUGAGCCAUUGAGCGCGGGGGGAGGCCAUCCAAGAUGGCAUCAAUCGGGCUAAGGUCCCUGGGGGUGCAGAUGGUACUGCUGAGGUCCCGGGCUUAGGGUGAGCAUCUUGCCAGCCUCAGGCUUGAGGGAGGGCUGAGCUGGAAAGACCACUGGCACAAACAGGAGGCUCCGGCCCCAUAGGUUUCCCCAAGGCCUCUCACCCCACUUCCCAUCUCCAGGGAAGCAUCGCCCCAGUGGCACUGAAGUGGCCCUCCCUCAGUGGAGGGGUUUGGGAGUCAGGCCUGGGCAGGACCCUGCUGACUCAUGGCACAGGAGCUGGGAGCUAGGCUCUCCGGGCCUUUCUCUGGCUUCCUUGGCUUGCCUGGUGGGGGAAGGGGAGGAGGGGAAGAAGGAAAGGGAAGAGUCUUCCAAGGCCAGAGGGAGGGCGACGACCCCCCAAGACCACCCCUGAAGACGAGCAUCCCCCUCCUCUCCCUGUUAGAAAUGUUAGUGCCCCCCACUGUCCCCCAAGUUCUAGGCCCCCGAGAAAGCUGCCGUAGCCUUCCGCCCUCUUCUCCCUCCCAGGGGUGCUCUUUCUAAAUAUGGGUGUGGAAGUGAGGGGUUACCUCCCUCACCCCAAGGUUCCAGAGGCCCUAGGUGGGAUGGGCUCGCUGAACCUCCAGGAACUCCAGGACGAGGAGGACAUGGGACUCGCGUGGACAGCCAGGGUUCACUUGGGCUCCCUCUAGCUCCCAAAUUCUGCCUGCCUCCUCCCUCCCAGCUGCACUUUAACCCUAGAGGGUGGGGGCCUGGGGGGAGGGGCGGGGCAGGCGGGCCGUGAAGAAAGGCCCUUGUUGCCCAGCGCUGUGUGUCUGCUCUUCUGUGCCCAGGGUGGCUGCCAGCCCACCGCCUCCUGCCUGGGGUGGCCCGGCCCACCCGGCUGUUGCGAUGCGGGCUUCUGGAGCUUGUCACCAUUGGACAGUCUCCCUGACGGACCCUCAGUCUUCUCAUGAAUAAAUUCCUUCAAUGCCUGU